AACUCACCACGUUGGAGUACCUCACUGCCUCGCUUGCUACUCCGAAGCUCUGUCUCUCGAAAGGCUGGGGCAUGGCAAAAUCACGCGCCUCUUUUGGCUCCCGUCAAUGUUAUCAACUCUAGGGUUUCUCUUUGGACUCUCUGCUAUAACUAAUUUUAAUGUCAUGUGAUCAGUGCGUGAAGAUGUUUCCAAGUUCAUUCCAAGUAGCUGGUGUAAAUAUGUUUCAAAUGGGAUUUGGUCCCUCUACAAGAUCGAUAUUGGAUAUUUUACACAUUAAACAAUCUAUUUGGAAAUAUUGUCGGAGUGGAGAUUAUUUCAAUAUAAUCUGAGAUAGCAGCAUAAACCACUGGCUAGUUCUCAAACUGGAAAGGGUGUUUCACCUUAUGUAAUAAAUUUUUACCGGUAGUGCCAAAUGUGCAUCAAGGACAGCCAUUGAAGAAAUCAAUGCAAUAGAUGUCAUAGACAGAUCAAUCUGCUUUUGAGUGGUCAAUUGUUGAGUUUUACAGUUGGGGAGACUUUCUGCAAUUUAUGAGUACAAGUGUUGUAAAGAUAUUAUACGAUUUACAUUAUAUACAAGGUUUUUUUUGGUCAUUUUCCAUGGACAAUAUGAAGAGACUUUGGAAGAUUAUUGGGAAGUUUGGAAGUGCUAGAUUCUUUUGUUUGUUUGAUAAAAAAUUCAAAGCGCCUUUGUUGUCUUGCCGUUAAAAUCACAUUGAAAUUAUUUUUGAGAACUUGUAUCAGUAUGCUUCGCUGAAAUAUUGGACCUAUUGGUUGUGAAAGAAGCUACUACCACUCCUGAUGUUUAUGGUUUGCUCGCCUUAUGAAAACUCGCGUAUUUAUGGGGUCUAGGGAUCAGUAACAAAAAUUGCCGUCAAAAAGUUAGUCAUUUGCUUGCUUAGGUUUUGAAAUGGACUUAUUUUAAAGUUAGUUGUAUCAACCUAUUCUAGAUUCCAAAGAACAUAAAAUAGAGUUUUCUGUGCUUAGACUGACCUAUGGCAUGGGUAAUGUUGACUACUUUAGGGACCCUAUAAGUAUCUUGACUCAAUUAGUUUUUGGCUUCUUCGGGUGACAUGUCCUUCGUUGUUGGAAAAAUGUGUUAAAAGUUUCAUAGGCUAAGAAGUAACUAAUGAUUGUUAGUACUACACAUGAGAAAAGGAGCUGUGUCCAUGUCUGAUACACUUCAAAAGUCAAGUUAGUACGAGAAUUUGGUUAGAAUACCAGCAUUGUUACUUUUACUGUGAUGUAAUGAUAAGGCAUUUUUUGUUAUUAGUUGUCAGCUGUUUUCUUUCCAAUAACAUGUUUUCUUGCUUUGGUGAACCAAAAAAGAAAAAACUUGAAAGAAAAAUCGGUUCAGAUUCCUGGUUUUUGGUGAUUUAUACGUUGAUGUUUCUAAUCCAGCACACUGCAUUAAUCAGAGGACAGCGACAAGUCUCUAGGAGUGGAAUGAGUGGAAGUGGCAGAAGGCGGUCCUCAAAGUGGGAUUUAAGAGAUGAACCUGAGUUUGUAUCGGACAGUAAGCAGUUGCGAUCUGGGUGGUCCUCUGCCAAUGUUACUGGUAGCAAUAGUUCGAAAUGGUCUUAUUUGGAAGGGAAUGAGAAGCUAAAACCUAAUUCACGAUUACCAUUCAAGGAACCUUUUUCUGGAGGCAGAGUUUCUAAUAAGGAUGAUAUCAUGAAUAAAGAAUAUAAUAGGGAUUUGGAUACCAAAAUGGCUUGGGACGCAGAUGAAAGCUAUGGAAUGAAAAUGUCUCCAGGGUUGGAGGAAUGGAAACGUAAGAGGCGCAGUCAUUCCCCAAAAAAUGGUUUGGACAGGAGUAGGAGCCGGAGCCGGAGCCGGAGCCCUGGCCAUUGUUUUAGGUGGGAAUCAGGAGUCAAUGAAAGAAAUAGAAUGAGAGCUGGAGGAUUGCCACAACCAUGUAGAGAUUUUGCUGUUGGAAAAUGCAGAAGAGGCAGCCGUUGCCAUUUUCUUCACCAUGAUGAUCGAAAUUAUGAGGAUGGCUGGGACAGUAGAAGCAGGAAAGAUGGACCUCCCAGAUAUUCCACUCCCUAUGAAAGCAGGGACUAUUCUGCCAGGAGUGGAAGAUCUAAUGAGACCUGUAUCAAUUUUGCGCAAGGCAAAUGUAGAAUGGGAGCAUCUUGCAAGUACGUGCAUCAUAGCAAUUCUGAUGAUAUGAGCAAAGGAAAUGUAGAUGACUCAACUAGAGAGAGGGAAUUUGAUCAAAGGCACAGAGAGAGUUCUUUUGAGCGUGGUGGUGGGCAUGAGCCAAACCGUUUUAGUGAUACUCCCUGCAAAUUUUAUGCAGCAGGAAAUUGUCGCAAUGGUAAAUAUUGCAGGUUUUCUCAUGAUAGGCGGGCAUCUAGAAGCCCCAAUCGAAGAUUAAGAGAUGACAGAUGGGGGAAUAAUCCAGGUGGAGAUCAGACAUUGGAUAGGCCAAGAGGGAGUAACCCAGUCAGUCCUAGUAGAAGGCUGAGAGAUGAUAGAUGGGGUCCAGAUGGUAACAUGGUUGACAUGGAUAAGGUGUGGGAUGGUCCAAAACUGAAUGAUGCUGUCGCUGUCUCAGAUGCAGCAAAGCUGGGUGAAGAUAAGAGUGGAAAUAUGGGUAUACCCGAACCUGGAUUCGCUACUUGGCCCAGGACUGAUGGAUGGAAUGGUAAUUUAGAUAACAACAAAGUGUAUGCUGAGCCACCGUUUGUGGGUGACAAGAAGAAAGAAGAUCAAUGGAAGAAAGAAAAUGCUGGUGUUACCAUGGGUGCUCCCCAAUCAAUUGGGACUGACAAAUGGCUUGUUGAUGCAGAAAUGUCUCCUGAUUGGAAUUAUGGGAGUGGAUCUUCUGCGCAUAUUGAAGACAAGAGCGGGCAGAAUAAACUUGGUUUGACCCAGGGUGGUGCGUAUUCAGCUGCCUCUGAACAUCACAGGUUACAAGUUGCUCCAGGACUCAAUCAGAACUCACAGAAUGAAAAUGCUUUGCGUCCUUCUAGCUGUAAUGUGGCUGGACAAAGUCAAGGGGCAGUCCCUCUUGUUCCUCCACUUGGAGGGAUAGCUGAAGUUAUACAGAACCAAGCGUCUUCUGUAAAAAAGUACAGUGGCGAACCAAAUAUCAUGGAUGCAAGCUUAUCACAUGUUAAUACGAUAAAUACUGCUCAAAACAUGGUGAGCAAUGAACAGCUUGCUCAACUUAGCAGCCUCUCAGCCUCUCUGGUUCAAUUCCUGGGAACAGGUCAGCAACUUCCGCAAAUUUAUGCUGCUCUAAAUUCUCAUGACGUGAAAAACAUAUCCUCCCUAGCCAACGCUGAAGCGUCUGGGGAGCCUGUUUCCAGUGCAUACAUCAAGCCUGAUCCUGUUAUUGGAUCCCGGAAGCUGUAUGAUCCAGUGAGUGACGGUAUGGAGCCAAAGGAUACUGAUGCUGGUGGAAUCACGCCUGCCUUUUCUCCUAGUAAAACAAUUGCUGAUAGUUCAGGGAGACAACAUCCUGGUGAUUCUUGUAAAACCUCAGAAGAACAAAUUGUCAAGAGUGAACAUUUAAUUCUAUCGCAGCCUGGUCAAAAAGUUGAAGCCAAUAAGGCAAACAAUGAAGUGGCAUCUGAGGAAAGGCAAGAUUCUCGAGCAGAUGAUAGAAAUGCAAAAGAUAACGGUCCUUCAGAAAAUUUGGACCAAAAUGGGCCUGAUGAGGCAAAGAAGACGAAGGAUGUGAAGGGGAUUCGUGCUUUUAAAUUUGCUCUGGUUGAGUUUGUUAAAGAGCUUCUGAAACCAACAUGGAAAGAAGGUCAUAUCAACAAAGAACAUUAUAAAACAAUUGUGAAGAAAGUUGUUGAUAAAGUAACUGGUACUAUGCAGGGGGCUCAUAUCCCUCAGACACAAGAAAAAAUUGAUCACUAUCUGUCAGUUUCAAAACCAAAGCUUAACAAACUUGUACAGGCAUAUGUUGAAAAGGUUCAGAAGGCUUAGUGCCAGUAUAGGAAUUUGGCCAUCUAGACUAUCGUAAUACAUUGUGAUAGGGGUUAUUAUCUUCAUUGUGUACUAUAUUUCAGUACCUCGUAGAUUUUUGUUUUGUCGGUGUCGUAGUUGAUGGUCGAUUUGAGUUUCUUUACAGCUAUUGCUGACAGACAGGGAUUAUUUAUUUUCACUUUCUGAUAACUUCCCCCCCUUUUCUUCUGGGAAAAAUUUUGGGCGUCUCCUGCUAUCAGACAUUAGUUGCCACUUCAGUUUGAGGCUAAUGUGGGAUUUAUUUUACCUGGAUGGUGUUAA